GCGGCUCCCAUCCUCCGGGCCGGCCUCCGGCUCCGCGGGACGAGGGGAGGCGCCCGCCGGCUCCGGGCGCGGCGGGCGGGACACGGGCGCGGGGCGCAGGCGGGCUCCUCCGGCGCGCGCGGGCGCUGAGCGUGGCCUGUCCCUCAGGUCUGGAUGCUGGUAGCCGGCUUCCUGCUGGCGCUGCCGCCCGGCUGGGCCGCGGGCGCCCCGAGAGCGGGCAGGCGCCCGGCGCGGCCGCGGGGCUGCGCGGACCGGCCGGAGGAGCUCCUGGAGCAGCUGUACGGGCGCCUGGCUGCCGGCGUGCUCAGCGCCUUCCACCACACGCUGCAGCUGGGGCCGCGCGAGCAGGCGCGCAACGCGAGCUGCCCGGCAGGGGGCAGGCCCGCCGACCGCCGCUUCCGGCCGCCCACCAACCUGCGCAGCGUGUCGCCCUGGGCCUACAGUAUUUCCUAUGCAAUACGUAUCUCUCGAACACCUAAUCUCCGCCAGGUUGGAUGGGUGCACAAGGCACUAGCCAGGGACCCUUCCGUGAUGUGGACCGUACUCUGCACAGGGGGCCCGGGGAGGUGCUGCUGGGUGUGCGCGGUACUAUCCACGUAUUUCCUGAGUGCCCCUGUGGUCCAGAGGCCGCUGGCGUGGAGCCCGGGGAAGCGCCCUCUGAGCGCCUCUCGUUUAGUAGCUUCAGGGAGGAGUGGGGAUGAUUGGGAAGGAAACCACACCACCAGGCAGGGCAUGGAGUGA